AUGCUCCUCGGUUGUCUAUUGGCCACGACGACGGCUCUGAGCACCGAUACGGGCAGCGAGGGAAACGGCGUCAGCGUCGGUGGUUCUACCCUCAAUAAUGUCAUCAGCGAAGAUCCCGAAUUCACAGAUGUCAUUGAGAAUAUCACUGUACCCGCGGGGCGUAACGUCAAAUUGGCCUGUUCGGUCAAGAAUCUUGGCUCCUACAAGGUGGCGUGGAUGCACUUUGAGCAAUCGGCCAUUCUCACCGUACACAACCAUGUGAUAACGCGUAAUCCGAGGAUUAGUGUUACCCAUGAUAAGCAUGACAAGCACCGCACCUGGUUCCUGCACAUCAACAAUGUCCAGGAGGAGGACAAGGGUCGCUACAUGUGCCAGAUCAAUACGGUGACGGCCAAGACCCAAUACGGCUUUGUCAAAGUUGUUGUGCCGCCGAACAUCGACGAUGCCCUGACCUCCAGCGACGUCAUCGUGCGAGAGGGCGAUAAUGUGACGCUCCGUUGCAAGGCGAAAGGCAGCCCCGAGCCGACCAUCAAAUGGAAGCGAGACGACGGCCACAAGAUUGUCAUAAAUAAAACGCUCGAAGUGAACGACCUGGAGACGGACUCGCUUGAACUGGAGCGCAUCUCGCGGCUGCAUAUGGGGGCCUAUCUGUGCAUUGCCUCGAACGGAGUGCCGCCCAGCGUCUCCAAGCGGAUCAAAGUCAGUGUGGACUUUUCACCCAUGGUCUGGAUACCCCACCAACUGGUGGGCAUUCCCAUCAGCUUCAAUGUCACUCUGGAGUGCUUUAUCGAGGCGAAUCCCACAUCACUGAACUACUGGACACGCGAAAACGAUCAAAUGAUCACGGAAUCCCCAAAGUACAAAACCGAAACGAUUCCGGGCCAUCCAUCCUACAAGGCGACCAUGCGGCUGACGAUCACCAAUGUCCAGGGCAGCGAUUACGGCAACUACAAGUGUGUCGCCAAAAAUCCUCGUGGCGACAUGGACGGCAACAUAAAGCUGUACAUGUCGAGUCCACCCACCACACAGCCCCCGCCCACAACCACAACACUGCGGCGCACGACAACCACAACGAUGGCAAACACUUUGGAUGGCUACAACACCCCGCUGAACGGCAUCGGAGGAGGGCCCACGAAUUCGGUGAUUGUGAUUGACAAAUUGGGCAUCAAAUAUCAGUCGAAUCUGAAUGAGAUUGGCAAGUCCGAGCAGAAGCUGACGGGCAACAAUCCCAAGGGCUAUGACUGGUCCAAGGGCAAGGGCAGCGCCAGUCGUCUCCAUCGACCCCUUCUGAUCUGCUGGCUCCUGGCACUCCUCUCCCUGCUGCUGGCCACGCACUCGCACGGUUAGAGCUCUAUUGCGAAGAAAAUAUAUCCCUAUAUUAUAUAUAAAGUGCCAUUAAAAAACAAAACAAGCCAACACAAAAUGCAAAGAGCAACAAAACAGACAGAGGACACGCCACAGGAUACACCACAGGACACACCAAGCCCGUAAAAGCAAAAAAAAUUAUGAAACACCAACAAAAUAUGAACUUAAUUAAGCAAAUUGCCAAACGCAAAGCCCAUUCAAGUUUUUGGUUAGCAUUGUUUGCCUUUUCCACCCGCUCCGAAGCUCCAUAAAUAUUUGAUUCGAUUUUCGGUCCAGCCAACAAAAAAGAUGAACACGUAGCCUAGCAUUAUUGAAACGACAACAAAAAAUGUUUUGGGCAAACAAAAGGCAGUAAAUUAAUCAACAAAAAGGUGCGUUCCAACACUCCGACUAGGGUGUUACACUCCAAAAGGUACAUUAAUAGAGUGUUCAAUAGAACGGAAUGAAAAUCUUAUCGAGCAGCUUAAAGACGAUAAAAAGACCAGAUAAUUCUCCUAUCUCUUCGGUGUCUAUAGCAUAGCUUUCUCCUGGAAAAAAUUAGUGAUUUAUCAAGGAACCAAACACUCUAAAUCUUAACUAAUUUCCAACCGUUUAAGAAAUGUAAAAGCAGUUAAAGAUGGACCCGAUUUGAUUCAAUUUUAGGUAUAUUAUUUGGGUAUAAUUUA